UUCAACCGGAGUAAUUCUCAUUUUAAAGUUUCAAAAAUGAGAACCAAUUGUAGUGCCUUAAUCUUGUGCUCUUUCUUGGCUCUCCUGUUCCUCCAGGUUCGGGGUGAACUAACCGAUCAGCCGGAGAAAGAACAUCAUCCCCGGCUGCUAGCCUCACGCGACUUUGUGGCCCUUGAUGAGGAGCUGGAAACACGUUUCUGGCACGAUAAGGCCCAAUCGAUUCUGGCCGAUAAGUUGGCCGGACUUCAGAAGCUGAACGAGAACCGUGCCAAGAAUGUGAUCUUGUUCAUGGGCGAUGGCAUGUCCAUUCACACAAUUGCAGCCACUCGUGACUUUAUGGGUGAUAGCAACAAGCAGGUGUCCUUUGAGAAGUUCCCCUACUUGGGUCUGUCCAAGACGUACGCGGUGGAUGAAAGGACUCCGGAUUCAGCCAAUACAGCCACUGCAUACUUAAACGGUGUGAAGGCCAACUAUGGCACCAUCGGUGUCAAUGCUCAGGUGAAACGUGGUGACUGUGUGGCUGCCACAAAUGUCAGUACACACACUCAGAGCAUUGCCCAGUGGGCUCAGGAGGCGGGCAAGUGGGCGGGUAUUGUGACCACUGCCAGGGUAACCCAUGCCUCGCCAGCUGGAGCUUAUGCUCAUAUUGCUGAUAGGAAUUGGGAAUUCGAUGGUGAGAUCAUCGAUUCCAACUGCAGUCCCGAACUCAACACGGACAUUGCCCGUCAGUUGGUGGAGUGGCCAGUGGGUCAGGAACUUCGGGUGAUCAUGGGCGGCGGUCGAGUGAAUUUCCGAGAUAAGUCAAUGCACGAUGAGGUGGGAGUUUCGGGUGUUCGAUCCGAUGGUAGGGAUCUGAUCAAGGAUUGGCAAGAGAUCAAGGAGCAACAAGGAGUCGAGGGCAAAUAUGUGUGGUCACUCAAGGGUCUGAGGGAGACGGAUCUCAGCAAGACGGAUUACCUUCUCGGGCUCUUUGAGACUUCACAUUUGCCAUAUCAUGGCGAUCGUCAGAGAACCCACUACGAAGAGGCUGAACCUUCGCUCUCUGACAUGACCGAGGCGGCCAUCAAGAUGCUGAGCAGAAAUGAGAAGGGUUACUUCCUGUUUGUGGAGAGUGGCAGAAUUGAUAUGGCCCACCAUGACACCAAGGCCAGGAAGGCUCUGGAGGAUACCCAAGAGUUUGCCGCGGCCGUGGAAAUGGCCAGGAAAAUGACCAGCGAAGAGGAUACUCUAAUUGUGGUGACUUCAGAUCAUUCGCACACCAUGUCCAUUAAUGGAUAUCCGUACCGUCGUCAGAACAUCCUAUCCUUGGCUCCCAACCUGGCUGAUGACGAGCUGCCCUUCACUAUUCUGUCCUAUGCCAAUGGUCCUGGUUUUACGGAUACCUACAGCACAGAUACCGGUCGCAUUGAUCUCUCACGUGUGGACACCACCAAGGAGGACUUUGAAUUCCAGGCCACGGUCCCUUUGAGUAGCGAAACCCAUGGUGCCGAGGAUGUGGGUGUCUUUGCCUCUGGUCCCUUCGAGCAUCUCUUUACGGGAAAUUACGAGCAGAGCUCCAUUCCAGCCCUGAUGGCAUAUGCAGCCAAUAUGGGACCCUUUGCCAAAGACAAACUGGAUGAGUAAAGUCUCGUAAACUCAUAAGGAAUACUCAAUAAAUAAAGAGAGUGUAGUUUAAGAUGAACUCCCAAAGGAGUGUAUAUACUUAAAAUUAAGGGAAAAUUAUAGAAGAUAUAUUCAAAAAUCCGAAAAAUGGGUUGUAAAUAAAGAAGACUUAUGUAGGGGAAACAUUAAACGCUAAUAUUAUAAUAUAAA